AGUGGAGAGGAGGAGGAGGAUGACGACGCCGACUACAACGCCGACUACUACGAGAACCUGCCCGGCGGCUCGCAAUCCGUGGCCGCGCCAGCGCCUGAGGGGGCGGAGGCGGAGCUGCGGCCCCCGCCUCCCCCUGCGGCGGGCUCCUCCUCGGGGGCGGAGGGCGGCAGCCUGGAGACGGGCAGGCUGCAAACCCAGUUGCGAGAGGCCUAUUAUCUGCUGAUCCAGGCCAUGCACGACCUACCCCCUGACUCAGGCACGCGGCGGGGCGGCGGGGGGUUGGCGGAUCGCGGUUGCCUCGCGGGAGCCGGGGCUCCUGGCCAGCUACCUUUCCCCCGCGGCGCUGAGGACUGCAGAGCCUGCCCCGGAGAUUGGGAGUUGGGAGGCGGCGACUGCCCUCAGCAGCAGGUGUCCCCGCCCUGGUCGCCUCCGAGGGAGCCUGAGGGAGUCCGGCCUCGGACUCCUCGAAUGAGGCUGUCCUGCAGCAGAAGCCUUGAGAGCCUCCCGGUGGGCUCCAAGCCUCUUCCUUUACAGCGGUGGCCGAGCGACAGCUGGAUCAGGUGCGGCGAGCGCGGGGACCCAGACGAGUCCCCGCCACGUGGAGGCGGGAUGGAAGGCUGGAGCGGGGGCAGCGCCCGGGCCGCAGCAUCUGCUGGCCUCUUGUCUCCGGGCUCCAAGGACCUCGGCAGCUCCUCGAGAAGUCCUUUCAGGCAUCCUGCGGGGCCCUCUGUGAUCCGCAGUGGUCAAGAAGACCGCCAGGAGGGCUCCCCCACCCUGAAGCCGUCCACAGUCACAGUCAAGAAGCUGCAGAAGUGGAUGUACAAAGGUCGCCUGCUGUCCCUGGGAAUGAAGGGUCGCGUUCGUGGGACACCUUCUAAAGUCCCGGUGGCGCAGGCUACUUCUCCUAACCUGGGCACUUUGAAAGUGCGUGAGAACCCCAUCCUCUCGGUGCCUCCCGAUCAAAGAAUUACAUUGACAGAUUUAUUUGAAAAUGUCUAUGGGUCUUCAAUGAAGAGAAGAGAAUCUGAAGAUCUGAAGGAUAAUAUUGAAUUCAGAGGUCAUAAGCCACUUAACAGUAUCACUGUUUCAAAAAAACGAAAUUGGUUAUAUCAAAGUCCUCUGAGAUCUCUUAAUCUGGAAGAAGAAAAUAGGAAAUGCCAAGAUAGGAGUCAUUUAUCUAUCUCACCUGUAUCUCUUCCUAAACAUCAGCUAUCACAUCCUUUCCUCAAAUCAUCUGAAGAAUACUGUACAUAUAUGGUGUGUAAUGCUACAAACUCAUCAUUAUCAAGAAACUGCUCUUCAGAUUUUAAUGAGGAAAAUGAUGCAGAUGAUGAAGGAGAAAUAUGGUACAAUCCCAUUCCUGAGGAUGAUGACCUUGGGGUAUCAAGUGCCUUGAGUUUCCAUGAGCCAAACCCUGCUCUUCUGAAGUUUCCUGCUGUCAGUUUGAGCAUAUUGUCUAGGAGUGACCUUACAAAAGCAGAGCAGCCUACUGAAGAUCUGUUGUGCUCUUCUGAACACAAAGGUGAUACUCAGACCACUCACUCAAAUGAAGUGAAUCCUAUAGAUUCCAUCCAUUCCACAGAAUGUAUGCAGCAGUACACGCAAAGGCUAGGACACAAGAUACAAGAAGGUUUAAUGGUGGAGGAUAGUCCGAUAUUGAAAUCUCCUUUUGCAGGUCCUGGAAUCUUAGCUGCUACAAGUAGGACUGAAUUGGGAGUUAUGGAACCAUCCUCUCCAAGCCCUAGCCCUGUGAAAAAAGGCAGUUCAAUUAAUUGGUCUUUACCAGAUAAAAUAAAAUCUCCACGAACUGUGAGGAAACUUUCCAUGAAAAUGAAAAGAUUGCCAGAAUUUAGCCGAAAGCUAGGUGUUAAGGGAACCCUGAAUUAUGUAAACAGUCCAGAUAAUUCUCCUUCCUUGUCUAAAUAUAACUGUCGAGAAAUUAAUCAUACUGUUAUUUUACCUUCUGGAAACACUACCACAGCUGCCAAGAGGAAUGUCAUAAGCCGGUACCAUCUUGAUACCACUGUAUCUUCUCAGCACAGCUACCAGAAGAAAACCUCCAUGAGUUUGAAGUAUUCCUGCAAAGGUGGUUACCUCAGUGAUGGAGACUCACCUGAACUUAUAACAAAAUCUAGCAAACAUGGAUCUGAAAGCAAAUUUGGAAAAGGAAAAGAAAUAAUUCCAAACAGUUGUAGUAAAAAUGAAAUAGACAUAGAUGCUUUUAGACAUUAUAACUUUUCUGAUCAACCCAAGUGUUCACAGUACAUAUCUGGGCUCAUGAGUGUGCAUUUCUAUGGUGCUGAGGAUUUAAAACCACCACGGAUAGAUUCAAAAGAUGUCUUUUGUGCAAUUCAGGUAGAUUCAGUAAACAAAGCAAGAACAGCUUUGCUCACAUGUCGAACCACAUUUUUAGACAUGGAUCACACUUUCAAUAUAGAAAUUGAAAAUGCACAACAUUUAAAACUAGUAGUAUUUAGUUGGGAACCCACUCCAAGAAAGAAUAGAGUAUGCUGUCAUGGAACUGUUGUUCUUCCCACCUUAUUCAGAGUAACAAAGACACAUCAAUUGGCUGUCAAACUUGAACCUAGAGGUCUUAUCUAUGUGAAAAUGACUCUUAUGGAACAGUGGGAAAAUUCUCUUCAUGGACUAGAUAAAAAUCGAGAAUCGGUAAUAUUUGGUGUUGACAUUCAAAAAGUUGUAGAAAAAGAAAAUGUAGGAUUGAUGGUGCCACUCCUGAUACAGAAAUGUAUUAUGGAAAUUGAAAAGAGAGGCUGUCAGGUAGUAGGCCUGUAUCGAUUAUGUGGUUCAGCAGCAGUCAAGAAAGAACUUCGAGAGGCUUUUGAGAGGGAUAGCAAAGCUGUUGUUCUAUGUGAAAACCAGUACCCAGAUAUAAAUGUAAUAACAGGUGUUCUUAAGGAUUAUUUAAGAGAACUUCCCUCUCCUCUGAUAACAAAGCAGCUUUAUGAGGCUGUAUUAGAUGCAAUGGUAAAAAGUCCUUUGAAAAUGUCAUCAAAUGGUUGUGAAAAUGACCCAGGUGAUUCUAAGUUCACUGUUGACCUGUUGAAUUGUCUGCCAGGUGUUGAGAAGGCAACCCUAAAGAUGUUGUUGGAUCAUUUGAAAUUGGUAGCUUCUCAUCAUGAAGUAAAUAAGAUGACCUGCCAGAAUUUGGCCGUGUGCUUCGGACCAGUAUUAUUAAGUCAGAGGCAAGAGACUUCCACCCAUAACAACAGAGUCUUUACUGAUUCAGAAGAACUUGCAAGCGCUUUGAAUUUUAAAAAACAUAUUGAAGUUCUUCAUUAUUUACUCCAACUCUGGCCAGUGCAACGUUUAACUGUCAGAGAAUCAACAGACAGUUUGUUCCCAGAGCAGUUGUCCUCUCUGAAUUAUUUGAGGCGGAAGAAAGAACGACCUCACGUGUUAAAUUUGAAUAGUAUUGAUUCAUCAGGAAUACUUAGACCAAGGCAGACCAGAUUAGACAGUCCACUUAGCAAUCGUUAUGCAGGAGACUGGAGCAGCUGUGGAGAAAACUACUCUUUAAAUACAAAAGAAAAUUUAAAUGAUGUGGAUUAUGAUGAUGUACCUUCAGAAGACAGAGAAAAUGGAGAAGAUUAUAGCAAAAUGAAUGGACCAGAAAUAAUGAUUGAACAGCCACUUCCUAUGUCCAAAGAGUGCACAUUCCAGACAUACUUGACAAUGCAGACCAUUGAGUCUACAGUGGAUCGAAAAGUUAAUCUCAAAGAUCUACAAGAAAGCAUUGAUACUUUGAUUGGCAAUCUGGAGCGUGAGCUCAACAAAAACAAGCUGAAUCUGAGUGUAUAA